GCAUGACCAAGUCCAAAUUCCUACACUGCCGUAUCAAGCCACCUAAAAAUUUAUACACAAAACUAUGCAGAUUGGCAGAUAACAUCAAGAAAUCCAAUAGCUGGAGAAUUUUCAAACUGGUACAUAAAAACCAAACUUAGUUUCUCACAGCACAAGAGAAGCAAACAAAGAUUAAAAAAAAAUGCAGACCCUUUGCAACAAUGAAGCAUGCCCUCAAUGUUGCUGCACAGUCCCAUUUUUCAACUCAACAAACAACACAGCAGCAACAACAAAACCCAGAAACAGUUCUGCAGAGUGCCGCCACAGCUUCGCCGCCACAACAGCAUCCUCCAUCUUCCCAAACACUCACUUCACUAACCAUGAGGCUCUUCCAUCUCUGCAUGAAUCAUUCAAUGAAUUCAACAAGGUAUACCCUCAGUACUCUGAGACUGAACAAGUAGACCAUGUUAGAUCCAAAGAAUAUGCCCAUCUCUCAAAUUCAAACCACACUUGCCUUGAUUAUAUUGGUAUUGGCCUCUACUCAAAACUCCAACAUUCCCCAUCUUCAGAUUUUCCUUUCUUUAGCAUAUCCUGCAAAACUGGGAGCCUGAAGACUUUGUUACUACAUGGUGGGAAAGAUUCAGACUUUGAGUCUUUUAUGAAGAAAAGAAUCAUGGGUUUCCUCAACAUGUCUGAAAAUGAUUACUCCAUGGUUUUCACAGCAAACAGAACCUCAGCUUUCAAGCUUGUGGCAGAUUCAUACCAAUUUCAAUCUAGUAGGAGGCUUUUGACAGUUUAUGACCACGAGAGCGAGUCGGUCGAAACCAUGAUUAGCUCCUCAGUGAAGAGAGGAGCCAGGGCUAUGUCAGCAGAGUUUUCAUGGCCAAGGCUCAGGAUUCAGACAAAGAAAUUGAGGAAGAUGAUUGUGAGCAAGAGAAGGAAGAAGAAAAGGAGGGGGCUUUUUGUUUUCCCACUUCAAUCAAGAGUGUCAGGAGCAAGAUAUCCUUAUAUAUGGAUGAGCAUAGCACAGGAGAAUGGAUGGCAUGUUUUAGUUGAUGCUUGUGCAUUGGGACCAAAAGACAUGGAUUGCUUUGGCCUCUCUCUCUUUCAACCAGAUUUUCUAAUUUGUUCUUUCUAUAAGGUGUUUGGGGAAAACCCUUCUGGAGUUGGAUGCCUUUUCAUCAAGAAAUCUGCUAUUUCCAGCUUGGAAGCUUCCAAUUCUUCUGGAAUAGUCAACCUUGUACCUGAAAAACUGAAUUUUUCUAGUACUGACACAGAAUUUGAAGAAAAAUCUAUGCCCACCUUACAUUUACAAGAAGAAGAACAAUUUAAUUUGACAACACAGCCCAGAAAAUUUGAAGAAGGAGAAUCAUCUAAGACUCAGAUCAUUGAAGAGUCAAAAGCUCAUCAAAGUUUUGAAAUUGAGGAAAUAGAAAAGCCAGUUCAGGAACUUGAUGAAAAAACUGUCCAAGAAAGUGAAAAUGAGAGCUUUGGUAUUGAAUGCAGGUGCUUAGAUCAAGUGGAUUCACUAGGGUUUGUAUUAAUCACUAACAGAGCAAGGUACCUGAUAAAUUGGCUAGUGAACUCAAUGUUGAAGCUUAAGCAUCCCAACACACAAGGGGUUCAUCUGGUCAAGAUUUAUGGCCCAAAAGUGAAAUUUGAUAGAGGACCUGCUAUGGCAUUCAAUGUGUAUGAUUGGAAAGGUGAAAAGGUUGAGCCUGUUCUUGUACAGAAACUUGCUGAUAGAAGCAAUGUUUCUAUCAGCUAUGGAUUCCUGCAUAAUAUAUGGUUUGCAGAUAAGUAUGCAGAAGAGAAGGGAAAAGUUCUAGAGACUCAAGUAGUUGUUGGGGACCAAGAAGUGAAAUCUGACAAGAAGAAAGAUAGAGUUGAUGUUGGAAUUACUGUGGUUACUGCUGCAUUGGGCUUCUUGGCUAAUUUUGAAGAUGUUUAUAAGCUUUGGGCUUUUGUUGCUAGGUUUCUUGAUGCUGACUUUGUGGAGAAGGAGAGGUGGAGAUAUACUGCUCUUAAUCAGAACACAGUUGAAGUUUGAAGUUUAAUUUCAUUGAGUUUCAUUUAUUCUUUUGGGCUGUGGAGUCUAUAGAAUGUGAAUUUGGCUGAAAAGUUUAUGUACAUGGAAAUUUGAUUCUCUAACCAGAAGACGGUUACCCUAUUCAUUCAUUUGUUUAAUGAAUUCAGAAAUUAUGUGGAUGAUUCAUUAUGUCAAAUACAUUUGCUUUUUCUUUAUUCUA